UCCCCGGCCCCGGCACAGCGCUCCCUGCCCGGCCAUGGCCCUGCGGCGGCUGCUGCAGCCCAGCCCCGGCCCCGGCCCCGCGGACGGCAGGAGGAUGCAGCACUUGGCCAGCACGGUGGGCACGCUGCCCCGCGGGCGCAGGCAGCUCGCCUUGGCCAGAUCCAGCUCCUUGGGCGACUGCUCCAAGCCACAGAGGCACCUCGUUGCUAUACUGAAAGAAGAUAAAGAGACCUUUGGGUUUGAAAUCCAGACUCUUAGGUUCUCACACCAGAGUGAUUUCUCCCUGGAGGUGUGCACUUGUGUCUGCAGAGUCCAGGAGGAGAGCCCUGCCCACCUCUCCGGCCUCCAGCCUGGUGACAUCCUCACCAGCAUCAACGGCGUGAGCACCGAGGGCUUUUGUCACAAGCAAAUCGUGGACUUGAUAAAGUCUUCAGGGAACUACUUGAGGUUAGAGACCGUCAACGGGGCCUUGCUCCUGAGGAAAAUGGAGCUGGAGAGCAAGCUGCAGGCUCUCAAGCAGGCGCUGCACCAGCGGUGGGGGGAGCUGCGGGCGCUGCUGGCCCGGGAGCGGCUCCUGCUGCACGGCGAGGUGACCGACAGCGCUCUGCCGGGCCCGGCAGAGCCCGGCCCGGGCUGCGGCUCCCCGGGACCUUUCCUGCCCUCCAAGCCGCGCUUCUCCAGCGACAGCAGCUCCCGCAGCCGCCUGAGCUCCACGACGCUGGGCAGCGAGGACAGCUUCUACCAGGGCAGCGCCUUCGAGGACUCGGCCGCGGAGAGCCUGAGCCGCCAGGGCAGCACGGACGAUGAGUUCCCCAGGGCUCGGGGCUCCCUGCGCAGGAACCGCAGCGUCAGCCUGGCCAGCAGCGGCCCCGCGUCCCCGCUCGGCCACGGCAGCGCCUUCUCCAGCAGCUUCGGCACCCUCCCGAGGAACAGCCGCAGAGCCAGCGUCCGGAAGCGGCUUUUGAAACUCAUUCCGGGCUUUCACCGGGCCGUGGAAGAGGAAGAAAGUCGGGUGUGAUGUCGGUGUCGCCCUGGAUGCCGGGCUCACCGCGGUGGCACCAGGGCGCUCCCCCAGACAACAGCUCUGAUGAGAUCACACGGCUCUGGGGUCUUAAUUAUUUUCAUUUUUAAUCAGAGCACGCUGCGGACCUCUUCAUUAACGUGAAAAAUGAGUGACUCCAAAAUGUGAAGAACCUUUGCAGAACUUCCUCAGCGAACUUUACUGUUAAUAACAGUUUUUAAUUGAAUGCGAAAUUGAUAGCUAUUUAUUUCCUGUUACCGGAGUCAGUGUCUUCCAAAGGUCUUUAAUAAAAUGAGUGCUUCGACU